ACUAGGCUUGUUUCUUGUUUCGUUUCUGUCAUUGUAUUUGGAUUUUGUCCAUGUCUAUUUGGAUUGUUAAAUGCUGGUUCCGUUUUAAUUUUAUUUUCAUCAGCAAUUAAAAUGUCCGAUCUUUUUAAAUCUGCGUUUGGUUACUUUAGCAGUAACACGCCCGGUCAAGGAAAUGAAUUGGUUGGGCAAGUCGUUGAAAUCGGUAGUGUAAAAUUACGAGUGAAAAAAGUGAUUGCAGAAGGUGGAUUCGGGUUCGUUUUCGUAGCUCAGGCUGUUGACACCGGAAAGGAAUAUGCUAUUAAGCGGUUAAUGGCUGCAGACGAUGAAUCUAACAAAGCCAUCACUCAAGAGAUUAACAUUCUUAAACAGCUGGCUGGUCAUCCCAACAUCAUUCAGUUCUUGUCUGCUGCUUUCAUAGACAAGAACCAAUCAGGGCAUGGUAUGGCGGAGUACUUAAUUCUCACUGAGCUCUGCAUCGGUGGCAGUCUGAUAGAUGUGCUGACUGCCCGCACUUCUCCCUUACCUCCGGACAUCGUCUGUCGGGUGUUCUGGCAAGUGUGUCAAUCUGUCAAACACAUGCACAGUCUCAGCCCACCCAUUAUACAUAGGGAUCUCAAGAUAGAGAAUUUGCUGUUGGACAGUGAGGGGAAAAUCAAGCUUUGCGAUUUCGGAAGUGCUACUACACAGGUGUUCUAUCCUGACAACAACUGGACGGCUCAGCAGAGAGCCAUGCUUGAGGACCAGAUGAACAGGUGUACGACGCCCAUGUAUCGAGCUCCCGAGAUGGUCGACACUUGGAACAACUACCCAAUAACAUCGGCCAGUGACGUGUGGGCUCUUGGCUGUAUGCUGUACAUGCUCUGCUACAAUAAACACCCGUUUGAGGACUCGGCCAAGCUAAGGAUUCUCAACGCCAACUACACGAUUCCCGCCGGGGAUGCCAAGUACUCUGACUUUCAUCCUCUCAUACGAGGAUGUCUCCAAGUGAAUCCAGAAAAUCGUAUGACAGUCUCAGACCUACUGGAGAGAUUGGCAGCCAUUGCGGAAUCUCGCGGUGUCAACUUGCGGGAACCUCUCACGUUGGAAGGCAAGCGGAUAGACUCCAACGCCCGACCAGCUGGUCCUCCCCCUGUGACAAACAACGUAGGGACUAACAACGGUCUGGACCGACCCCCACCACCGACACAGAUGCCUGCGUCUCCUCACAGGACUCCCCCUCCACACCCACCCCCGCCUUCGAGACCUCCCCCAGUACAACAGCCGCUACCCCCGGCUAGUGGCGGUGGCGGUGGUCUGUUCUCUACCAUCAAAGGCGGGGCAGGCAGUUUCUUUAAAGGACUCAAAGAUACAUCUUCAAAAGUGGUUCAGACUGUCCAGCAGAGCAUGGCUCGUAGUGAGGUUGACAUCAGCUACGUCACGUCUCGGCUGGCCGUAAUGCCGUAUCCAGCAGAGGGUUUGGACAUGACGACACGCAGUAACUACGCGGAGGACGUCAAAAUGUACUUGGAGACUAGACAUCCGGGGGCGCACUACUGUGUGUACAACGUCUCUGGCAGAUCCUACCCCGCUGGGCGACUGGGCAAGGGGAGAGUGGUAGAUUGUGGCUGGGGAGGAGUCUUGCGUAGAGCUCCUCCACUUCACUCACUCUACACCCUGUGUCAGGACAUGUACGAGUUUCUGACUCUCGACCCUCGUAACGUUUGCGUUGUUCACUGUAUGGAUGGCAAGGCAAGUUCGGCAAUGCUGGUGAGUGCCUUCCUUCUGUUUGUGGGGUUUGUCAAGAGUCCUGAAGACGCUCUACAACUGUUUGCAGUACGUAGAUGCCCUCCAGGACUUCAACCUUCUGAAAUGAGGUAUCUUCACUACCUAGCGGAUGUUCUCAAGUUUCCUCCAUACUCACCUCACUUCCAGCCCAUGAAGCUGGUGUCCAUCACCAUGCAGCCGGUCCCUCUCUUCAACAAAGUCAGGGACGGUUGUCGGCCAUUUGUGGAGGUUUACCAGGGAGAGGAGAGGGUAAUGACCACCCAGCAGGAAUACGAGCGGAUGACGUUGUUCAACAUCACUAACGGAAAGCGUGCUGUGUUCCAGAUCACGCUGCCUCUGAAUGUGACAGUAGUGGGGGACACAACGGUGGUGGUGUAUCACGCCAGACACGUUCUCGGACGUCCAACAGGCAUCAAGAUACUACAGCUACAACUGCACACCGGCUUCAUUGCUGGAAACACGCUCACGUUUAACAAGACCGAGCUGGAUGACCUGUCGGAAGGAGAGCACUACCAGGGGGAGAAGUUCUCAGUGGUGUUGUAUGUAGAUCUGCUGGAGCCCACCGAAGCUUGUGUGACUCCAUGGCUCGGACAUCUAUCUCGCAACUACUCCUGCGACGUUCUCUUCUCAUCCACCAUGGAGGCGGAGGAGACGAGAGAAAACUUUGUCCCGUCUCCUCCAAAGUCUGGUCCGCCACCAAGACCUGCCCCGCCUCCCCCCCGGCCUGGCCCUCCGCCCAGACCUGUGCCCCCGCCCAGUGGUGCUCGACCUACGGAAUACAAAGACACCCCUGAAACACCACCCAUGAGGAGAGCUGAGGAAAGAGAAAGUUUACUAAAUGACUCGGAAGGAGAGGCUGAUUUCCUGAAUUUGUCAACCUCAGAACCUCGGCAAGAAGAUCUGCUGAAUAUUAAUAACUCUAACGGAGGUAGCGGAGGGGGGAGUAGUAACGUAGACCUCCUCGGCUUUGGACAGUUUGUAAGCGCUACUGCACCUACGCCAAGUCAACCUGCUAACCCUCUGGUGUUUGAUCCGUUCGAGUCUGAUAACAACGUUAGGGAUGAUCUGCUAGACCCGACACUAAAGAACACCAACAUCCAUCGGAACGUCAGUACGCCCAACCUGAUAGCAGACAACAUUGUGUUAACUCCGUCCCCUUCACCCAACCCCACGCCUAACCUGCUGGGAGGAGCGUGGCCUCCCGGGUCUGGUGGACCCACCAUGCCUCGCAACGUCAGCACGCCCAACCUUAACCGGGAUCCGUUUGCUGAUCUAGCAGGUAACUUGAGCUCCAGUCUCGGUGGAACUACCCCUGGACUGUCUCCGCAGCACAAGCCCACCUCCAGUUGGAACCCAACCCCCUACCCUCCCAGUACACCAGUCUACACCCCUGCUGGCAGUCCGGUGCAUCAUUCUAGGUCUCCUUGUGAGCCGAAUUACAGCCGAUCUCAUUUUGACAACGCCUUCAAACCUGCUGAGCCUUCGGGGAAGAAAGCUGGAGACGUUUUUGGAGACCUUCUAGGAAGUCAGGGUUAUGAGUUCUCUUCGAAAAAAGACAGCGGGCCCAGAACUAUAAAUGAAAUGAGAAAAACUGAACUAGCCAAAGAAAUGGACCCUGAAAAGUUGAAGGUCAUGGAGUGGACGGAAGGAAAGACUCGUAACAUCCGAGCAUUGUUGUGCUCCAUGGACCGAGUGUUGUGGCCAGACUGCAAGUUCAGAAUCGAGAUGGCACAUUUAGUCACUCCCGCAGACGUCAAGAAGGCUUACCGCAAAGCAUGUAUUGCCGUUCAUCCGGACAAGCACAUAGGAACGCCCAAUGAGCAAAUUGCUAAGCUAAUUUUCAUGGAGUUGAACAACGCGUGGAGCGAAUUUGAGAACGAUGCGAGUCAGCAAAACAUGUUCCAGUAGUCGGACCAUGGGCGUUAACUCUGUACAUGGGUGCAAAACUAGACAAUAGCUACUACUUAGAUGUACUAUAACCAAUCUAGUUGUCUGUCCACUUUCUCAACUCCAAUGUACACUACUUACACUCUAUUACGUUUACUUGGAUCGUGGAAACAAUCGUCGCGAUCCUCACUUAAACAGCUUUGCCAACAGUUGCUUUAAUUAUUGUAAGUUAACCUAUUAGCUACCUGCUCAAAAGUAUAUUUUAUCAUGUUUUGAUGUUAGAAUUAUUUUUAUAUGACUGUUUUCAUAGAUUAUUAAGGUUAGCGAUAUUUUUGUGAUCCUAUAGGGUGUUGACUUACGAAUUAUGUUCUUAACGCAAUAGUCGAUGAUAUUAAUUUUGUAGGUUAAGUUAUUUUUUAUGUUUAAUCUGUGUGGAAUUCCCUUUCAAGUUUAUUGUAAUUGUUUAUUCCUGACAUUCCUUUUAUAAACGUUUAUUUUUUUAUAUGGGGAUUUAAUAUUUUAGUGAGUAUGUAAUUUUGUUUUGUUUUAGAAGAAGAUAGAAUAUGUUACCAAGAUUAAAUUUAUCUUAAAAAUUUACCCUUGUAAUAAAUGUGAAAACUGUGUGUUAUCUAUAACCAACUGACAACUAUAUCUUCAUUCUUUCUUAUCAUAUAUUUUUAGCGAUUCCUUACUUAAUUAUUUACUAAAUUAUUUAAUGUUUAAUUUAGCAAUUAGUUAUAUUCAAAGAAAUUCCAUUAUAUUAAUUGUUUUUAAUCUCUCGUCUUAUGCAAAACCAUUGCAUCGAUCUCUUGGCCCAUCAAGAAGUAGUGUUUCACAUCGCCUCGUGUUAGUUGUUUAUAAUAUUUGUAAAUAGUUUAAUGUAAAUAUUUGUACCUGUAUUAUUUUUAUUGGAAGUUAGGAUUUAGUUGAAAUCCAGGAGCCCUCAGAUUGUUUUGCCUUGUUGUAAUAUUCUGUGGUGUUUCUGUUCCUAAUAAUGUAUAGUAUUACAUUGCAUUUGGUUCUCUCUGAAGAUGACUCA